AUGCAAAAGGAAGUGGAAAAGCCCUCUCGGGGCCCUCAAUCUCAAUUCCAACAGGGUCACCAAAUCCCUGUUGAGCACCACCAAAAGCCCGGCUUACAGGCUGAUAUGGAAAAUCCAAAGCCUGUCUCGACAAAGCUUCCAACUGAGGAUGGCGGGUAUCAGACCUACAAAGCGGCGGGGAAGCUUUCAGGGAAAAAUGCUAUCAUCACUGGUGGUGAUUCAGGGAUCGGUCGCGCAGUUGCCAUCCUGUUUGCUAUGGAAGGGGCUUCUAGCUUGAUUACAUACCUGCCCGAAGAGGAAAAAGACGCGCAGAAGACCAAAAAACAAGUGGAAGCAAACGGGGGGAAAUGUUAUUGCUUCCCCACUGACCUUCGAGAUGCAAAGAAUUGCCAAGCGGUGGUUGACGCAGCCCUCAAGAAUCUGGGUAGUAUUGAUAUCCUAGUCAAUAAUGCUGGGACUCAGACUAUGAUUGACGACAUCAAGGAUCUAGAUGAGUCUCAAUGGCAAAGCACAUUCGACACUAACAUCCAUCCUAUCUUCUACCUCUCAAAGUACACGAUUCCUCACCUAAAGAGCGGCUCAACCAUCAUAAACUGCGCAUCUGUGAACCAUUAUAUCGGUCGCCCUGAUCUGCUUGACUACACGGCAACCAAGGGAGCAAUUGUCGCCUUCACUAGGGGAUUGUCCAACCAGCAAGUCAAAAAUGGCAUCCGGGUGAAUUGCGUGUGUCCUGGACCAAUCUGGACUCCUCUUAUUCCGGCCACCAUGAAUACUAGCGCCCAAGAGCAGUUCAGUGCCACCCCGAUGGGUCGCCCAGGACAGCCCACAAUCCGACUAUUAACCGCCUCCUUGUAUGACUCAAUACGCGGGUCAACAUCCCUAACGAACCAGGCCCAAAAUGAGCUUGAGCUGCUUCUGGAACUGUUAAAUGCGACCGAGACGUAUACCUUCUCUCUGUCAGAAUGCGCCCAUUUCACAGUCUUGAAAAAAAGAUUGCAGAGCUGUCAUGUCGUUCUGCAGGAAUUGCAGAAGCUGGUGUCACAUCCAGAUACUCUCGGGGCUCAGAGUCUGAUUUCCGAGAUACGUGCGCGCCUCUCGUCGGUUAUUUUUGGACUUAGUGAGGUGAAUUUAAAUAUGAUGAUAUCAUCACAGAAGAUCAUCGAAAAUGCACUGAGGCGUUUUGUGGAUAAUAUUCACGCUGGCAAGAGUGAAGCUUCUGUUAUCUCUGGCGUUUUGAAUGAUUCUUCAAAUCCCGAGGAAAAUGAAGCUUGGACUCGGUUACAGGGAGAGUUGGUUGGUACUGGUAUUGCUUCGGAUUUGUUGACUCUGAGCCAUGAUUUCGUUAUCUCAACUCUUCGAAAGAUAAUAGAGACAGAUGGCCCACUGCCUGUUAACAAGGAGAUUUUGGCAUCAGCGGAGGAAGCCCAUGAGUCUAUGGAGCCAGCACCGAAUCUAGAGUUGGAACGCCAGAGAAGCCUGGAUGACAAUGACUGGCUAGCAAAUGAACCGACUGGCCUUCCAUUCCUCCCGCUGCCACCGAAAGGCCUCUCAUUUUCAGAUAAGCGCAGAUCAUAUUCAAGCCAAACGCAGCCGUCUUCAGAAAAAGAGACAAUACGGGAAGACUUCCCAAUACCAGUGUUGCUGGAUACCCAAGAUUCCACAGAUACGCAGAAACAAGCGUUACCAGUCGAAGCCUUCCCAAUACCAGUGUUGCUCGAUACUCCAGAUUCUACAGAUACAGAUACACAGUCACAAGCGCUACCAGUCGAAUCCUUCCCCAUCCCACUUCUCCCAGAGGCCAAUCUACAAUACAACGAAACGAACCUACCAGAACCCGUGAAAGUACCCAUCAAGCGCAAGCCAGUACCCAUCGAGCGCAAGCCCUUCAAUCCCUCCACGGACCUUCACCCCUUCAAAGUACCAGUACAAUUUAAAAAAGCCCCCCGAAUAAGCCGCAUGAUGUGGGAAAUGACCAGCUCCAAAGAAGACUUUAUAUCCGCAAUAACAGCCAACCAAUACGCAACGGUGCAAACCCUUCUCGAAAAAGGUGCCGACCCCAACACCCGCAACCUCUCCGGCCAAACACCUCUAAUGGCCGCGGUCUCAUUCGGCCACGAACCCAUAAUCCGCCUCCUACUCUCGUACGGCGCAUACAUAAACACCCAGGCAAGCAAAUACGAAACCCCCCUUGCCACCGCCGCAAUACACGGCUAUGAUCGCAUUGUGCGUAUUCUGAUCGCGUCCGGCGCGCACGUGGAUAUGGGGAAGGGGACUGGGAAGACGGCGUUGUCACAGGCUGCUACGUAUGGACAAGAUCGGAUUGUGGAGUUGUUGCUUGAUUGCGGGGCGGAUAUUGAUGCUAUUAAUUGGACGGGGGAGACUGCGUUGGCUGUGGCGGCGUUGAAUGGGAAUAUGAAGGUUGCGAGGGUGUUGCUUGAGCGGGGUGCGGAUGUUGAUCUUAUGCGAUAUCCUUGGCAUACGCCGUUGUAUAAGGCUGUGUUGUCGGAUGAGGUGGAGAUGGCUAAGGUUUUAGUGCAGUAUGGGGCGGAUCCGUUCAUUAAAGGGGGGAUUGGUCGGAAGGAGACUGUUUUUGCUUUUGCGGUGAAAAUGGGGAGGACACGGAUUUUGGAGGUUUUUGAGACGCUUGGGUAUCAUCAGGGACAGGAGUAUCAUCAGGGACAGGUUGCGUAUCAGUAUUGUUGA